UUCCUGAACAAGUUAAACAGACUACAAUGUAAGUGAUUGUGUGUACAAAAAGAUUGGGCAAAUACAAUUUAUAUAAAUUGAAGAUAAUACUUUGAGAUAUUAAAAUGGCUUGAAAAAGUUAAAUUAAUUUAAUUAAUAAAAGAUACAAAUGUAUUGAAAAAACAAGAAUCACUAUCAAAUAAAAUAUUAUUGGGAAGUUGUCGUUGUUGUUUACAGAAAAUCGAAAUUAAAAACCAAACGUUUGAGAAUUUCUAAAUCCUUUAAAUAAAAAUUAAUUUAAUAAAAAUUAUGUAAAAAAUUUAAUGUUGUUAUUUAUUCUUUAACAUCAAAAUCUUGAAUUACAAAUUUUAAACAAAUUGCUUUAAAACAUCUGCUUUCACAGCACUUUGUUUGUUUCCUCAUAACACAAAAUUUGGACAAAUGAAAUUAUUCUUUGAAAUAAUUAAUAAAAAUAAAACAGGAACUAUCCUUAUAAUAAAACUAACUUUACAAGUAAACAUCGAUAAGUUCAGAAAGGUUUGAAAACAAAAUGAAGGCAUUUUAUCGGGUGGCAAUUCUUUUGGCAAUGUGUCUCGUAGUCGAAGCAGCAAAAUUUCCAUGGAACUCUUUCUUUAAGGUCAACGGAUCACUGAACACAAAACAAUACUCCUGUAGAAACAACAACAUACAACGAUGCAGCUGUUCAAAAAACUGCAUGAAUCUAAACGAAUGUUGCAUUGAUGCUUUCUGGAAUACAUCAUACUCCGAGGCAUUUCUGGGUAAAUAUAUUCAAGAUUUCCUCCAGAAGUCUAAGCAGAUUCCCAAGCGCACAUGUGCACCAGGCUUUCCACUGGUUGGGCAUAGAACAAAGCAUUAUUUGAUGGUAACAACAUGUCUUUCUGAAGCAAGUACAGAGGAUGUAGAGCAAUGUAAAAACGCCACCAGCCACUUUAAACCAGUGAAGUCAAGAAGGAACUCUGAUGUACUGUAUAGGAACACAUACUGUGCUAAGUGCAAUAUGGAAAAAGAAAUUGUUGCAGUUGAUGUAUCAGGUGAAUGUGACAUAGUUGACCCAUCUGUUAUUAACAGCAAGGGGUUUCCUAAAAACCCAUUUGCAGGCUUAGAAGGCUGUUUCUUUAAUUUAAAUGUUCAUGACAAGCUUCAGUGCAUACACAAUCACAGGCGCUCGUGCUCUAACAAACAUAAAUUUUAUGAUUUAUGUAUGGCAUAUAAAGGGUCCAUUGCUUCUUACAUGAAUUUCCAUUGCAUGCUUUGCGAAUUAGAUUUAACAUUAGCUCAACGAAUUGAAAGGAUUAACAAUGUAUAUACAACAACAAAAUCAACUUUUACUGAUGGUCCCUUACCUCCCAAUCCAGAGACAACGCUACCAACAAUAAGAUGGUCAUUGACCAUUGGUGCAGCCGACAUGUCAAUAGCAACACCUGGUGGUCAAAGAAUUCUGAAGGAAUGUCCAGCUGGUGAAGUGUAUGUUCCCGAACAAGAAAAGUGUACAAAGUUUUAUUGUACAGCAGGGUAUGAGCCAAAUCAUAAUUCAAAAACAUGCGUGAGAACUCCAGAACCAACAAAAUCAACAACCACACACAGAAAGGUGCAAAACGAAAUCAACACAACAAGAUUUGAUAAAUGCUUGACACAAAAGAAAACAAACAUUGUUUUAGAGUUUAAAUAUAAUCUUACUUCAAUAAUCAAGUCAAGAAAUACAACCAUAAUGACACCAAGUGACAAAUUACAACUCACUUUACUAAAGAGACCCAACCUCUAUUCCCUGAAAAAUUUUAAAUAUACCUCGUGGAAAGAUUUAAAAGUUUCUCUUGAAAAUAUUUCCAUUUUUUUUAAUAACAGUAUAAAUACUAUAACAAUUACAUCAGAACAGUACCAACAAAUUACCCAGCUACAUGGGCUUGAUGUAACUCGCAGCUUCGAAAACAAUAAACUUUGCAUAAAUCCAACAGUAUUUAAUCAAGCUGAAUAUAAUAUCACUGACAACUGUGGGGUCCAAAGAAAUAACAAAACUUACAAUAGAACAGAUUAUAUAUCUUACUUGACGAUAAAAGGAAGUAAGAUAGCAAGAAACAUUUCAAUUUGUAAGAAAUUUUACAUGUCCUCUGCAUGUCCUCUUCAACUAAUGAAGUCUGCUUUUAUGAUGUCAGAAAACCACAUGCUAAUUGUAAACGACACAAAUAAAACAUGGCUACCACAUGAGUAUAGACCCCUUCAAAAUGGAAUAGGAAUAUGUAUCAACACAGAAGGCAACUUUCAUAAUAAAAUGACAAAGAAUUGGAUAUCCGAAUUAAGUGAUGCUGAAGAUUACAUAACAGCCAUAGUUGGUGCUUUGAGUAUUCUUGCAUACUUCACAAUAAUAAUCACUUUUACAUUGCUCAAAGACAUGCGUAAUAUACCAAAUUAUAACAUAGCAGGACUCUGCACAUCAUUGUUCCUUGCAGACACACUGUUCUUAUCCACUGAAAAACUGCAUGUAUAUGAAAACACUUGUAAAUAUAUUGCCAUAGCUUUACAUUGGUUGUUGUUAUCGGCCUAUUCAUGGUGCAUGAUUAUCACAUUUGAAAUGGCAUCCACAUUUCGAACACUCCUAUUGCAGAGUUUGAGAAGCGAGAAAAGAAUUCGGAAUUAUUGCGUGUUUGUUAUCGCAGUUCCAACUGUUGCUGUUGGCAUAACACUUUCUUUAUCAGAGUUUUCGAACAUUGAUAUUGGCUACGGAGAAAGUAGUUACUGCUGGAUUAAAAACUACACUGCUUUGUUAUAUAGUUACUUAAUCCCAGUCGCUGUGCAGGUAAUAAUUACUAUCAGCCUGUUGCUAUAUGUUUUAAACAUAUUAUACUUUCAAAAGAGAACAACCAAAGCAGUAUUGAAAAGAGAGAACAAUGUUGAUUUGACUAAAGUUGCAUUGAAGCUGGUUUUGUUGUUAGGUUUAAUUGAAGUGGUUGGUUUUUUUCAAAUAAAAUACAAAAACGCCAGUGACAGAGGGGUGUCAUUCAAUGCAAUUACUUCACUUCUGUACACAAUAUUCCGAAGUUCCAGAGGUGUGUUGGUGUUAGUAACAGUUGGACUAAGUAGGCAAACAUUACAAAUUUACAAAAAAACAACUUUUAGGUUGAUUGGCACGCUCACAAAAAGUUCGUCUAACAUAAAUGCACAAAGUUCAUCAGUAAAAAGUGCAUCUAGAGACAGGGUUUGGUGAUAUGGUACAUAAACAUUAAAGAAAGACAUUUAAAUAUGUUUCAAUAUAGUUAUAUUUAACAAAUACAAAAUUAAAAUUAACACAAGGUCAUUUAAACCAACAAUGGUGAAACUGAUAAUCACUGUAAAGAAUAUCAAACUUAUUUAGCAUAGUAUAUUUUAUUUCAUAUUUCAUGUUUAUAAAUAUAAUUUUGGGAUAAGUUAUGUAUAUUAUACAAAGAAAAAUAUGGUAAUUGAUUUUUUCGGAAAUACUUGUGAAUCCUUUUUAGUAAUGUCGGAAUCAUAGUUUUUUAAUAAGCAUUUUUGCGUAUUAAAAGAAUUUGUAAAGUAAAUACCCCAUAUUUCAAAAGAUUAAAGGUUAAAUAAUUUAGAAUACAUUGCAUGACAUGAUGAGAAUAUCAAGUCUGUGUGAGAGCAAAAGAUGAUAGUUCUAAGCAGGAGAGUACCGCAGAGACUAGACAAUGCAGAUGUAGAUACUCAAAAAUAUUUUAAACUGCAGCUACAUUUCU